AUGCUUGUCUUUUGGUGGCUCUGUUGUUCGCCGAUGAGUCCCCUGGGGGUAGGGACAAUGGUGGAGACAUCCACUGGUUGCCCGUUCAAGCUUAACCCAGCGGUGCUGUCAAAGGCAACAUUCGAGUCUGCUGAAACGCGACCUUGCCAGAUGGCAUCACCAAGGUACACUUAUCGUACCAGGUUAAGUCAUCCCUUCAAUCAAGCUUCCUUGACCACUCGAUUGGUUGGCAGUGAAGCUUUCGCUUUCCCAUUUCCUCUUGAGAUCCUGCAUCUUAGUCGAGACUCUCGAGAGCUUCAGACAGGUGGCUGGGACGAUGCUCGAGGAGAUGCCUUGCGCUGA